GUGAAGGCACCAAUGGAAAUGGGGAGCAGCAGCACUGAGAAGUUUUACAGGAUCCCCAAAGGAAAGGGACCGCACUUGGUUGGAUGUACAGACCUGAUGACAGAAAAUGCAGUGGAGGGAAGCUUCUUGCGCCUGUAUUAUCCAUCGUGCGAUGCCACAGAUAAUGAAGAGGCACCGUGGAUUCCAGAUAAAGAGUACUACCAGGGACUCUCUGACUUCCUUAAUAUGUACCGAGUUGUAGGAGAAAGGCUUUUCCAGUACUAUGUUGGUUCCGUGACCUGUCCUGCAAAGUCAAAUGCUGCUUUUAAGCCGGGAGAAAAAUACCCACUCCUCGUUUUUUCCCAUGGACUUGGAGCUUUUCGGACAAUCUAUUCUGCUAUUUGCAUAGAGAUGGCUUCCCAGGGCUUUAUAGUGGCUGCUGUGGAGCACAGAGAUGAAUCUGCUUCUGCAACGUAUUAUUGUAAAAAAAAGUCAGUUUCUGAACCACAGGAAGAGUCUACAUCAAACAUGGAGAAGGAAUGGAUCUACUACAGGAAACUAAAAACUGGAGAGGAAGAGCGCUGUUUGCGCCAUAAGCAGGUGCAGCAAAGAGCGCUGGAGUGUAUCAAAGCUCUCAACCUCAUUCUUAAUAUCAAUUCAGGAGAGGAAGUAACAAAUGUGCUAAAUUCAAACUUUGACUGGAAUAGCCUAAAGGAUUCUGUUGAUACUAGCAGAAUAGCUGUGAUGGGACACUCUUUUGGUGGUGCUACAGUUAUUGAGAGUCUCAGCAAAGAAAUAAGAUUCAGGUGUGGCAUUGCCCUCGAUGCAUGGAUGCUCCCAGUAGGCGAUGACAUUUACCAAAACAGUGUCCAGCAACCACUGCUUUUUAUCAACUCUGAAAAAUUCCAGUGGGCUGAUAAUAUCUUAAAGAUGAAGAAGCUCGGCUCCAAUGACACAAACAAGAAAAUGAUCACUAUCAAGGGGUCAGUGCAUCAGAGCUUUCCUGACUUCACCUUCGUGAGUGGAGAAAUCAUUGGAAGAUUUUUCAAAUUAAAAGGAGAAAUAGAUCCAAAUGAAGCUAUUGAUAUAAGCAAUCAUGCUUCAUUAGCCUUCCUGCAGAAACAUUUGAGUCUUAAGAAAGAUUUCGAUAAGUGGGAUUCUCUUGUGGAUGGCAUAGGACCCAAUGUUAUUCCUGGCACCAAUAUUGACUUACCUCCAGCUGAACCUGAAUAAGGAAUACAAAGAAGUACUGAAAAUGCCACAGAUAUCACGACACUAACGUUGGCCAGACAUUGCUCAGAUAUGUGAUAGCAUUGGCCUCCCACACAGCUUUUGGGGUGUGGAAUAAAAAAAAAAGCAUUAGGUUACAUUAU